UCGAAGGAUGGAAUUACUUUUCCUAUUAAUGUUCAUCGAUGUAACACAAGCUGGGACGAACACCGGAAGUUGUAAAGACAUGUUACAGGGUUGUCUGACAGGACAACUGUCGUCUGCUCUAGGAGCAUAUCAAGUAGAAGCUUUGAGGCGGGAAUUUAAAAGUUUUACUGACGUCAUCGAGAAAUCCAUGAAGAAGUUUAAGGAAAACAUGAAGUCUGAAGUUAAGACACGUGAGAUAGCAGUUGAUUACUUCCUUAGAAUAAAACAGCGAAUUCAGGUUAUGAAUUAUAUUUACUACUUCUCUACAUGUAUGUUGAUUUCCUUAUCAGAAACUACUAGUAGCAAUAGCAGUGCAGUUUAUAUCAGAUGGGGGAAGAAGACAUGCCCCUCCAAUGCCGAGUUAAUCCAUUCAGGGUUUACCGGAGGCUCUCAUUAUGGUCAUAAAGGAGCCGCUGUAGAACCUCUCUGUUUACCGAGGAAUCCUGCGUGGGGACUGUACAAUGAUGGGCUCGAUGGCACCAAAAGUUACGUUUAUGGUGCAGAAUAUAAAACUGGUUCUUUUAGAGGCUACAUUAAAACAGUUGAUAGUCACGAUGUUCCAUGUGCUCUUUGUUUGGUCCGCCAUAGAUCCGUUGUUCAGAUGUUUCCAGCACGGAAAACGUGUUACAAAGGCUGGACCCUUGAGUACCAUGGUUACCUAAUGACAGGUCAUUAUACUCACGCAGCUGGAACAACCUACACCUGUGUUGACAGCCAUCCCGACACUCUUCACGGUGGCGCUACAGGUAGAGGUGUCGGUUAUAUGUUUUACAUGGUGGAAGCUGCCUGCGAUUCCUUGACGUGUCAUCCUUAUGUGGCGGGAAGAGAACUUGUGUGUGUCGUCUGUUCUAGAAAAUAAAACAUGAAUUCCUAUCAUAACCCUCUUUGUUCGUUUUUUUAACGUUACGGAAAAGA